AAUAGCAGAAUUUAACUGAAAAUAAAAUAAUGACAAUAAUCUCUUCCCUUUUACUGAGUAUAUAUACAGAAAAGAUCUACUUGAACCAUUUUUCUUUCAUUUCUGUUUGCCUUCCCAAUUCCUUUUCAUUCUCCCGCCAGGAAACCUUAUAUUAUAUGAAUAUUUGAUUAUUUUUCUUAAUCUUUUCCGUAUAUUUUUGUUUGUCUUUCUUAUGGGAUUGAUUUUUAUCAUUAUUUCAAUUUCCAUCGUCUGGGUAGCUUCUCUUUGGAAGAUUUUCUUCUCCCAUUCAAAACCCACAUUUUUAAAUGAAGGUACACCUUUGCACAAAAAAAAUGUCUUGCUGGUUGUUGCGCACCCUGAUGAUGAGUCCAUGUUCUUUUCACCUACAAUAAACUACUUGACUUCAAAAGGGCACAAUCUUUACCUAUUAUGCUUGUCUAUUGGUAACGCAGAUGGCAUGGGAAGCAGUAGAAAAGAUGAGCUUUAUCGUGCUUGUGUAGUUCACAAGAUUCAACUUCAACAAGUGAACGUUUUGGACCACCCAGAAUUGCAGGAUGGUUUUGGUCAAGUCUGGAACCAUGGUUUAGUGGCACAGAUCAUAGAAGAGGAGGUUUACAGUCAUGUGAUUGAUGUGAUUAUUACAUUUGAUAGCUAUGGUGUUUCGGGUCAUUGCAACCAUGGUGAUGUGCAUUAUGGGGUACGCAAGUUCCUGCAUGAUUCUUCACCGGGGAAUAUUGAAGCCUGGGAACUUGUGAGUAUAAAUAUAAUGCGCAAGUAUAGUGGACUGUUUGACAUUUGGAUGUCAAAUUUAGACGUCAUGCAACAUCCAAGUGGUGUAAUGCAUUGCUUGCUUAAUGAGCAUCCAUUGAAGAGCUUCCAGGCAAUGGCUGAACACUCAAGCCAAUGGGUUUGGUUUCGGAAGCUUUUUGUUUCAUUUUCUAGUUAUACUUAUGUUAACACUCUUAGGAAGAUCAAUUGAUUAUAGACGGACUUGAAGGACAAAGCUGCUUGGACAGUAACACGGGUUUCUACUUGUUACAUGCACUUGCAUUAAAUCUAUAUCAGGCAGCUUAGUUUAAGUUAUGCACUUGCAUAACUGUUCCGCUGUUUCUACAUUUGAGACCCCUGCACAGAAUCAUUGUUCGCAUUCUUUUGGCUACAUUGUGUACAUCAUGAUCCAAGGGCAUUUGGUCAACUGGUAUCAUUUUUAUAUGUCUCUCAUUAAUUUUGUUUGAAGGCGUUAAAUAGAGUAAGCUCGGAUGAUGCAGUGACUGGAGUGGUGAAUUCUUCCUACUUUGGAACUCCAACAAUAAUCUUCAGGUUGCCAUUUCUCUUUCAUCUUACAGUUGAACUUUAACUUUAUUAUUAUGCUAGUACCGACGAAAGAUUUACAUUCAGCACUCAGUAGUGAUGUUUGAUGGAUAUUGGGUGCAGCCAGUCCUGUAGUUCUAGUUAUACAUUUUUGUGUUGAGCAUAGCUUGCUCUAUAAUUUUAGUUUUAUCAUUGAAAUGUGAAUUAUGUUGUUCUUUAAAUGUAAUUUGACAUUUCUCCUUGUUAGAUUUAUAAUAUAUUUGCGGAUUUUUUAGUGCUAGAUUAGCACUCUGAACACAAA